AUGGGCGCAGCUGAGGAGGACCUUACAGAACCGAGUGCGUUGGAGGAGUGUUGUUGUGGCCCUAUGUUCCUCAGGGAAUUAAAAGGCUCAAUUCCAAUUUGUUUUAAAGAUGCACUGGCAUCGCAUCGUCGGAAGUAUGGACCAGAAGAAGGGGUUAAUCGAAUAAAUGUAGACAGAGAAACUCUGUGGGAAGAUAGCAUCAUUACUUUUAAAAGCCCAAAAUUUGACACCCGAGGAACUUUGCGUGUAAGGUUUGCUGGCGAGGCAGGAUUAGAUGCAGGAGGUUUGAGGAUGGAGUACUGCUCACUACUUGCAAAAGCCAUUUUUUCGAGGGAAGCAUCCUUGUUUGAAGGGUCAACUGACAGAUUUGUUCCCAUCUACAAUACAUCAGCCAUCCAAUCUGACAUUUUUGGAUUGGCUGGAAAAAUGAUGAGCUACAUGAUUGUUCAUCAUGAUGUGUCAUUUUCUUGCAUGAGCCCAGCUGUUUAUGAGUAUUUGGUAAGAGGGGAUCUUCAUAAAGCAGCACGAUUGUCUUCUGUGUUGGAUGUGCCCGAUUGGGAUAUACGUGAAAUCAUUUCAAAGCUAAAUGACAUCAAAAGUGAUGAAAACUUGAGGAACUUCUUACUGGAGAAUCCAAAUGUCCGUGACAUAUUGAAUGUGGCUGGAUGGGUCAAAAACAUCACUAUGGCAAACAAAGGAUCUGCUGUAAUGAAUCUCCUCAUUCAUGAAGUGCUCACAAAACGGAAGGUUCCCUUGGAUCAGCUACGAAGGGGACUGGAUUGCUUGGAAGUUAUGUCUCUGAUUCAGAAAUAUCCUGAGGAGAUGAAAGUUUACUUUGUCAAGGCAGAUGGUGAACACUUAACACCAGAUAUCGUGAUCAAGAAAGUCUUCGCAAAUGCAACACGUGAAGAAGACAGUGAAGAGAAAGAAAGAGCACGAAAGUUCUUUAUACAAAGUCUUGGUGCCUUGUAUGAUGGGUUAGAAAACAGAGGAAAUUCUUAAUGCAGAGUCCAACGUUGUAUGUUACAACCAUUUAAACCUGAAUUUCAGUGUGAACUACAAUUUAUACUGA